UUCCCCUCUUCCUCUUCUUCGCCUCCAAUCCCAAAAUUCUCCUCCCACAACUCAUCCAGAGAGCCAAGUGCUGGUACUGUUGUCUAUACUCCUCCGCCGCGGAGGGCUCGAAUUCUCGAUGCGUGCGGUGAGCUGUUCGUGAGCGGAUCGACCCGAGGGAGCCGUCUCUGAGAUCGAUGGGCGAGCUGGCGUCGGUUUCUCCCCCGCCGCCGGCGGCGACUGCGGCGGCCGCGGCGGUGCUGCAGGUGGUGUUCGCCGACGGCGACCGGAGCGUGGACCUGGGCACGGUCACGGUGCAGCCGUCGCUCGGGGUGCGCAAGCUGCAGGCCGUGGUGGCCGACCGCGUGGGCGGCGGCGUCGCGCCGCACCAGAUCUCGGCGUGCCUCGCGCGCCCGCGCCGCACGCGCCGCGUGCCGCUCGACGAGGCCGCCACGCCCGACCUCGCCGCGGCAGUCGCCAGGGAGGGCGCCGGGUGCUACGUGCUCGCCUCGCUCCGCCGCUCGCGCCGCGACCGCCGUGGCGGGGGCGGUGGGGGCGGACGGUCCAGGCGCGAGAGGAAGGCCGCGGGGGGUGGAGGCGCGGAGUCGCUGAUGAUGAUGGCGGCGGCGCCCGAGAGGACCAUCCUCAAGCGCCUCCCGCCGACGGAUCUGGCCUCCCUGGCUUCCUCCAUCGGCCCGGCGCCGGCCAUGCCGUCGCCGUCGUCGUUCGGCGCCGCCUGGGACUACGAGGCCCAGCUGCGGGAGCUCCAGCGGCAGCGCGAGUGGUACCUGAUGAGCACGGCCGCCGCAGAUCCGUACCUCCAGGGCGCUCUCCUCCUCCCGGACCGCGAGGACCUCCUCUGGCAACAGCAGCAGCAGCCGCAGCGCUCCUCCUCCUGCCCCGAGUGCGAUUCUGCCGCGGCGGCCAUGCGCUCGCCGGCCUUCCACUGGUGCGUCCGCGACGCGGUCACCGUGGGAUUCCGCUCCCCGGUCGGCCCAAUCGAGCGCCCCUCGAAGAAAUCCCCCUCGCCUCCCCCGCAUCAGGCCAACGCCCCAGCCCGCCUGGUGCCAUCCUUCGCCGCCGGCGUGAUGCCCGUCUGCUACUAGCUGUCCGCCGUCGACCAAUUAAUUCUAGAUCAAAUUGUAAAAAAGUAAAAGGAGGAGCUGGAAUUGCGUGUGGGGUUUGCCUUCCCAGCGGAGCGGGACAAGAGAGCAGAAGCAGAGGAGGAGAUUUUUAGGAGGAGCCGACGACGACGACUGUUGUCUCCAGCCAGCCAAAGGAAGAGAGGCUGGCUCUGGCUGGACUGGAGACACGUUCCGGCGUGCCAGGGAAUUUCUUUUCUUCCUCUGUUUUCUCUCCUUGUUUUCCUGGGGGUCGGUUGGUUGUUGUGGUAGUGCUAUGUGACAGGUGGGUGCGUGUUUGCCCGGGCAUCGUGGCGAGUCCACGGAUCGCGGCAACACCCUCUGGAAUUCUCUUUUGUUUUUCUUCUUCUUUUCCUUUUCAUUAGCGAGAGAGAGAGUGAGGGGUAAGAGAGAGAUAGACAGGCCCUGAAUGGAUGACGGGCAAGAUAUUUGUUUCUGAGAUAUAUCGAAGUGGUAUAUGCAGAUGAAUUUCACCUGUUCUUGUGAUUUUA